GGCCCCGCGCCACGCGGAGGAGGAGCAGCAGAUCCCCGGAGCACGUUAAAGAGCGAGGCCGAGCGCGGCGGGGAGGAAGCGAACGGCUCCGUGGAGGCAACGGAGCGGCGGCCGCAGAGCGCCCGCCCCGGCCGGACCCAAGUUCCCGGCGGCGGCUCGGCCGGGCCCGGCGGUGGGUGCGGGAUCGGGGCCGGUGGCCGAGCCCGCAGCCCCGCACCAUGCCCGCCGCGCUGCCCAGCCUGCUGGCCUGGCUGGCGGUGCUGCUGCUAGGCAGGGCCCGCCCGGCCGACGCCUGCAGCUGCUCGCCCAUCCACCCGCAGCAGGCCUUCUGCAACGCCGACGUAGUGAUCCGAGCCAAGGCCGUCUCUGCAAAAGAGGUGGAUUCGGGGAAUGAUAUAUACGGGAAUCCGAUCAAACGCAUCCAGUAUGAAAUCAAGCAGAUCAAGAUGUUCAAGGGCCCCGACCAGGACAUAGAGUUCAUCUACACGGCUCCGUCGACUGCCGUGUGCGGCCGGCUGCUGGACACCGGCGGGAAGAAGGAGUAUCUCAUCGCAGGCAAGUCGGAGGGCAAUGGCAAGAUGCACAUCACACUCUGCGACUUGGUCUCCACUUGGGACUCGCUGACCCCAACCCAGAAGAAGAGCCUAAACCAGCGGUACCAGAUGGGCUGCGAGUGCAAGAUCUCGCGCUGCCUCUCCAUCCCCUGCUUCGUCUCCUCCUCGGACGAGUGUCUUUGGACAGACUGGGCGAUGGAGAAGAACAACGUGGAUGGGCGGCAGGCGAAGCACUAUGCCUGCAUCAAGAGGAGCGACGGCUCGUGUGCCUGGUACCGCGGCAUGGCCCCCCCCAAGCAAGAGUUUCUCGACAUUGAGGACCCCUAAGCCAAACGAGCGCAUUCCAGUAGCCAGUAGAAAAAACCUGCGAGAUGUUAGACUGGUCCAUGCUGAUAUCAAAUCCUGGAGACAGCAUGAAAAUCUGCUCGGCCGCGGGGGUCACCGGAGGCUGCCAUGUGCAUGCGGGGGGCAGGGACCGGGACCCACUUCGUCGCAGGCACCUGGCAGCCCACGGCCACACUGGGCAACUUGGGCUUGUGCAGGGCCGAGCAGGGUGUGGGGACUGCCCUGCCAGGGUCAUGACUCCCCGGCCAUGCUUGGCCCUGCCCUGGCAGCUGUGAAGGAAUCGAGCCCUUUUGAGUGGCGGGAGCUGCCCCAGCUGCGUAGCAGGUCUACCAGUGCCCGCCGUGGGAGCCGCCCCCCGCAGCUCUGGCCAGGCAGCCCUGCCCACCGCAGUGCCCAGAGACCCCCGUCCCCUCCCCACCCACUGCCCAUCCCCUCCCCCCGGGGUGUAGGAAGGGUACCUCUCUGGGCAGGGGCUCCAGAGGGCUUUACCAUGUGGCAGAGCCCCCAGCUGAGUGCAAGGGGCUCCGGGCCUUUCACAGGGCCAGAGGACUCCUGUGCAGGUGCCUUGUCUGAAAAAGCUGGAAGGGCACGCUAGCAUGUCAGGGGUGACCCCCACAUGCACCUGGGCACUGCUGCUCCUCUCUCCACAUGUUCCUCUCUCCAGUGGGCUCCAUUCCCCUGCAACCUCCUGCAGAUCCUUCUGCAGCUGCCACCGCUGGAGAGGUUGAGACCCACUGGGCUUGGCAGGAAACCCUUGGCAGAGCACCCAGGAGCCAGAGCUCUGGCUGCGCAGGCAUGGGGUGUCCAUCCUUGCCUCGUGCAGCUUUGGGCUGUGCUGUGGCCCUCAGCACCACUGCAGCCAGGAGAGCUCCCUCCUCCAUGGUGUCGGGGAUGGAGCCUGGAACCGGCGGCAGGGCAGCUGCAGGAAAACCUGUCCCCUCCAGUGAACCCCCUGCACUCCUCGGCCCCACAUUCUCUGAGCCAUCCCCACGCUGCAGCGGUGCUGGCGUGUGCCGCAGAGCUGCCCCACUGCGACGCCCGUGGCACUGGCACGUGCACCCACGGCUUUGGGAGCGUGCCAGGAAUGCUCCCCGCGGCCCUGCAUCGGGGGCAUUUUCAUGCUGUGUGUCCCUGUAAGGUUUGAGAUGUCGUACUGGACCAGUCUGGGCAAUUGCAACAUAUUAAAGAGAAAAAUUAAAAAGAAAGAAAAAGAAAAAAUACCCCCACCCAACCUUUACUCAGUCCCGACCGCGCAUCCCAGGCGCUCUGUAUGGCUGUACCCGCUGUGCUCCUGUCGCUGCUGCUCCUCUGUCUUUGACUUCAAUAUCGCCAGUUGUUUUGCCGCCGG